AGAGAUUUGUAAUUGCAGGCUGCAUUUCAUUUCUUUUGUUUAUAAGCCAAGUUGGAAAAAUAUCCAACUAUGUCCAUCCAAUCAUCUUCUCUUGGUGUGCAUCCAUUUCCAUGAGCCCACCUUACCCAUCAUCAUAUAUCCACCAAACUAUUAGUUAUUCUCCUUUCUCUCUCUCUCUAUCUAUCUCUCUGUCUGAGUUUGUUAUUUGUGGUUUUUGUUGGUUGUUAGUGUAAGAAACUGAGCUUUGUCUGGGCGGAAAUGGGCAGGAAGUGCUCACAUUGCGGGAACAUAGGCCAUAAUUCAAGGACCUGCACCAAUUUCAGAGGAACUCUUGUUGCUGGAGUUAGGCUUUUUGGAGUGCAACUUGACCUAUCUUCUUCUUCAUCUUCUUCUUCUUCUUCUAUUGCUAUGAAAAAGAGUUUUAGCAUGGAGUGUUUGUCCUCUUCUUCUUCUCCGUCUUCUUCUUCUUUGUGUUCUUCUCUAGUUCCUGCCGAUGAUAUUCCUGAUAGAACAUCCACUGGUUAUCUCUCUGAUGGCCUCAUCGGCCCAAUCCAGGAAAGAAAGAAGGGAGUUCCAUGGACAGAAGAGGAACAUCGAACAUUUCUAAUCGGCCUUGAGAGGCUAGGCAAAGGAGACUGGAGAGGCAUCUCCAGAAACUAUGUGACUACAAGAACUCCAACCCAAGUUGCUAGCCAUGCUCAAAAAUACUUCCUACGCCUUGCUAGCCUCAACAGCAAGAAGCGCCGUUCGAGCCUCUUCGACAUGGUUGGGACUCGCAACUCCAAGCAAAGUGAUCAUCAAGUUCCUAGUCAUCAAUACUUGAAGCCAGAUACCAUUCUACCUUCUCUUCUGCAAGGCCUUCACUCCACUGAUAAUAAUCAAGAAACUGAAUAUCAUCAUCAACUAGCUCCUUGCCACCAUUUGUUACCUCUUCCAAGACCUUCAGACAGAUCAAAACCAACAUCUUCAGAUGUCGUAGCGUCUAAUGAUGAUCUGGAGCUCACUCUUGCCUGUCCACCUCCUCUGGAAGGAAAUAAAUCUUCCCCAAGUUCUUUUCUUAUCUCCAUAAGAGCUACAUAGCUAGUUUUUGCUAAUUGACUAAUAUCCAAGCUGAGAUGAAGCUUAUAUAUCACUCUCAGUGCUAUUGAUUUCCAGUGUUAGUCAUCAUGUGUUAAUACAGAAGUUAAUCAAGACAUCCAUCCUUAAGUUCUUUAUUAUUA